GCCUGGACAUGACCCACGGACAGACAGGGGUGGAAUCACUGUACACAGUAUUCCGGGACAGGGAGACCGUGUUUCCUGUCUCCACAAAGCUGCCGUCUACCGAGGGAGACACCCAGCAGCUCCAGAGAAAGAGACACAUUGGGAAUGACAUUGUGGCCAUCAUCUUCCAAGAAGAAAACACACCGUUUGUCCCAGAUAUGAUUGCAUCCAACUUCUUACAUGCCUACAUUGUCGUGCAGGCUGAGAACCUGGGCAUGGAGACCCCAUCCUACAAGGUUGCAGUCACUGCCCGGGAAUAUGUGCCUGCCUUUGGCCCACCUCUGCCCAGCCCCCGUUUUCCAGAAGGGCCCAGAGUUCAGGGAGUUUCUGCUCACCAAGCUCACCAACGCAGAGAAUGCUGCAAGUCAGACAAGUUUGCGAAGCUGGAGACCGGACGAGGGCAGCCCUCCUGGACAACCUUCACGAUGAACUCCACGCCCACAUGCAGGCCAUGCUGGGACUGGGCCCAGAAGAGGACAAGUUUGAGAGUGGGGGCCAUGGGGGAUUCCUGGAGUCUUUCAAGGAAGGAAGUGGACUAGAUCUGUCAUUGUUAGGACUUUGUCCUUUGAUGCUGAACCCUUGCUGACUGCUGAAAUGGUCCUAAGCCAGCUUUCCAAGCCAUAAUACCCACCUCUUCAUGCGAGAUGUGUUGCUGGCCUCUGUGGGGUAUGCACCCAGAGUCUCCUCACCAGCAGGAAGGAAAAGGAGUCCCUGCUGGUCUGUGUGUCUCUGUGUCCCUGCAGUCCCUCUUCCUUCCAGGUGAUGGCAGCAGAGGAAAAGGAGUCCCAGAGGGCAGCGGCCAGGCACCCAAGCGGGACAAGUGGGCAUUUAUUUGUAUAUGUUCUUUCAAAAGAUUACAAGAUGAACUGUGCCAGUUCAAAUUCACGUGCUUUAUUUGUUUAGGAUUCGGGCUCCAGGUUUUUGUUCCAGAAAGAUUUGAAGCAUUAUUCUAAGUGGAAGAAUUCAGGAUUAAAAAUAGAAACCAUGCAGAACUUUUACCUGGCACCUGAGCUGCACGUGGGCAAUGAAUGUGGAGGAUGUGGCCACGUGCUAGCCAGCCUGAGUGCCGCAAGGCUCUGGCUGAGAGCUGGGGAUUAUUUUUGCGUCCUAGCCUGAUAAUCAUGGUUGUUGUCCCCCCAUUUCACAUAUGUGGAAACAGAUUCAGGGAGACCAGCACGGUGAUCUUGGCUUGUUAAGUGGCAGAGCCGAGACCCUUCCCAUACAUCCCUCUGCCUCCUUUGGGUGGCACAACUUUCAUUUUCUGGCCCAUUUUCAUUUUCUACCUACCUUUGCAGAGAGAAGGGUUUUGUUGCUUUGAUAGAUUAAAUCUAUCAAAAUGUAGGAAAUUGACCCGAGACCACAGUGUUGUCCAUGACAGUUGUUCAGGUGCAGUCUGUGUCACAGCUGGAUGUGAACUAACUUACAUCAAAGGCUGAUGGCAGCAGGGAAACUGUGAGUUCACUGAGACUGAGAAACUGGUUCAGUCCUGUUGUUUCCUGAUGAUUUCCUCCACUGCAGUCACCCUGGCCUCCUCAACGUUCCUCCAACACUCCACACGUGCUCUGAUCUCUGGGCUUUGGCACCUGCUGUUCCCUCUGCCUCUAACACGUUUCCUUGAUAUCAGCAAAGCUCACUUAAUUGCCUCCAAGUCUUUGCCUGAAUGAUUCUUCCAGGAGCACCCUGGCCUCCCUACUACUCCACUCUGCCCCUCAGCCCUCUCCCCCUUACCUUGCCCUGUUUUUCCCAUGGUGCUCAUCACUUCCGGCACCCUAUAUAACUGGCUUUGCAUUACGCUAUUGAUCUAUUUAUGUGCCUACUACUAUGUUGU